GUCACGCAUGAGGAUAACUCGACCCAUUGGUCGAUCGAACAGGAGCUCGUGAUGGUCUCAUACGAAAAGACACCCUUUUGUUAAAACCAUCACGGUUCUGCUUCAGAGCGAUGACGAUGGCGGGGUAUAGUUGCAUUAAGCGAGUACUUACCUUGGCAGUUCGUCCGGGUUGUAAGGUCUGUUGUAAGCCAUUAUGUCGAUUAUAUUUAAGUCGCACUUGGACUUGAUAUAUUUGAGUAUUAAAAAAUGAAAGACGGUAAGGACUGCAGGCCUGGCGAUGACUGUCUAUUAUAUGAAACUAGGAGAGCGCAGAGUUGUAAGUCGCAGCUUUUUUUUAUUUUGUUUUUGUCUGCGAUGCGUAUGUAAGAUAGGCAGUUGUAUUGGGCAAAUAAGCGGCGGUGCAACUGAGCCGUCGCGUACCAAACAAAGAAGGAAAUCGAUUCAGCCGCAAAUAAUGGGGUCAAUAAGAAUAGUCCAAGGAUCAGGGUGGGUUGGACUAUGGGACUUGGAAAAUAAAAAGGAGUGUGCCGCGAGAUACGCACUUCGAAGGAUUCGGUUGGUGAAUUACGUCUCCUUUCUCGAAGGAAUUGGUCGGAUAGAUGCAGCCCUAAAACUUAUGGUGUAGGGUAUGCUAAAAAUUGAAAAGAAGGGGGGAAGGGGAAAAAAAACAAGUGUUUGCUUUU